AUGGGUCCCGGGGUCACCUGUCCGUGGGGAAGCCGGCUCUCAGGCUUCCAGAUGAGGACUUGGAUAGAGCCUGUGGUGGCCUCAACCCAGGUAGCUGGCUCCCUCUACGACGCAGGACUACUCUUGAUAGUGAAGGAAUCCUUCUCAUCUGAGGCUGGAGGCUCUUCCAACCACAGUGCCAGCCAGUCGAUCAAGGGGCAUCAGGAGAACCAACAGCAGAAGGCCAUCUCCAAUUUCUAUAUCAUUUACAACCUCGUGAUGGGUCUGACACCGCUGCUGUCCGCCUAUGGGCUGGGCUGGCUCAGUGACCGCUACCAUCGCAAGAUCUCUAUCUGCACGGCAACGUUGGGUUUCCUGCUGUGCCGCACGGGACUCCUCCUCAAAGUGAUGCUGGACUGGCCGGUGGAGGUGUUGUACGGAGCAGUGGCGCUCAGUGGGCUCUGCGGGGGCUUCUCCGCUUAUUGGUCCGGGGUCAUGGCACUGGGAUCCCUAGGCUGCGCUGAAGGCCACCGCUCCUUGCGCCUCAUCCUCAUCGAUUUAGUCCUGGGCUUGGCUGGGUUCUGUGGGAGCAUGGCCUCGGGGCAUCUCUUCAAACAAAUAGUUGGGCACUCUGCUCAGGGCCUCCUGUUAACCUCCUGUAGUGUGGGCUGUGCGGCUUUUGCCCUUUUCUACAGCCUUUUUGUGCUGAAGGUCCCUGAGUCUGUGUCCAAGUCCAAGGUGUACCCCACUGUAGAUACUGUGUCUGGCAUGGUGGGCACCUAUCGAACCAUGGAUCCAGAUGAACUGGGCAAGCAGGAUGUAUCCAGGAACCCUUUGACUCCUGGGAAAAGGAAGACCUCCCAGACCAUCAUCGCCCUGUUAUUUGUGGGUGCCAUCGUCUAUGACCUGGCCGUUGUGGGCACAGUGGAUGUCAUGGCCCUUUUUGUGCUAAAGGAACCUCUCAGUUGGAACCAAGUGCAGCUGGGUUAUGGGAUGGCUUCUGGGUACAUCAUCUUCAUCACCAGCUUCUUGGGCGUUCUAGUCUUCUCCCGCUACUUCCCAGACACCACAAUGAUCAUAAUUGGGAUGGUCUCCUUUGGGUCUGGAGCCCUUCUCUUAGCCUUUGUGAAGGAGACAUACACGUUCUACAUUGCUCGAGCCAUCAUGAUGUUUGCACUCAUCCCCAUCACGACCAUCCGAUCAGCCAUGUCCAAACUCAUAAAGGACUCCUCCUAUGGAAAGGUGUUUGUUAUACUGCAGCUGUGCCUAGCUCUGACUGGCGUGGUGACAUCCACCCUAUAUAACAAGAUCUAUCAGCUCACUCUGGACAAGUUCAUGGGCACCUGCUUUGUCCUGUCUUCCUUUCUCUCCUUCUUGGCCAUUGUCCCAAUUGGCAUCGUGGCCUACAAACAAGUCCCAAGGGCACAAGGAGAGGGUGCAGAGAAAUGA